CCAAUCGUUAAUCAUGUAUGUCUGCGUGAUUGUCCUCAUUAAAUAAAUCAAUUUCAUGAAGUGUAGUUACUAACACAGUUAUUGUAAUAUUGUUAACUUAGUUAUAUGUUGAGAUGAAUAUUAUAAAAGUUUAUUCUCUUUUAUUGUUUUUCCUGGUUUUUUGGUUUGUGCUUCGAAUUCUAGUAAAUAUAUUAUACACACUCCAUACCAUUUCAAAUACAAUUUAAGUGAUGUUUUGAGCAUGGAUAUUAUCAUGAUCAAUAUACCGCGGGGUGUGUAUCACUUCUCUGUUUAUACUGAUGGAAAAAGCAUAGCAUACAAACAUGAAAUCUCAAAUUGGGAUAAAUGGAAUAUUACAAUCGAUCGAAUAGCGAUGCAGAACGCAUAUUUUUCUAUUCAAUUGCAAUUGCACUACUCUUACUCUUCAUGUGCCACUGUGGACAUAGCCUACGGAUAUCAGAACUAUGAUUAUAACAAAAACGAAACUAACGACUGUUUAAACGACAAACAUUGUACGAUUGUUGUGGAUUUUCAAAAUUCUUGCACAAGAACAAUACCUUAUUUCAAUUGUUCAUCGAUUGAUCGACUCCUCGUAUGCACCAAACAGGAAUACAACGAAGCUACAUUCACGUGGCAACAGUUCUAUGAUGAUGGUUGUUAUAUAGGCACGGCACCAAAGAUAACUGCGGCGAUAUCAAAAUUUAUAUUUACUGUAGAACCCUUCGAUAACAACACAUUUGUGAAAGUAUCGCCAAACCAUUCUACUUCUGGUAAAAUAACUGUGAAUCCUAAUUUUAUCCCUGAAGAAAAAGCUAUAAGCAAAUUGACGUUUACAGACUCAACAUAUAUUGAAUUUGAUUGUGAAAUAUAUUUACAGCAUAGCAAAUAUGUAUACGUAGGCCUUAUUAACACAACUGAAAACAAGAUAACGACACUGAAUACUACAAACAUUAAUAAAAAUAUGGUGAACAAUAUAACGGUAGUAUUUUAUGUUGUUUGUAUUACACGACAACUGAAAAAGCACCGGAAAAAUAUGUAACACGAUUUGUACGGAAUAAGACACUGUUAUUAUAUAACACUGAAGAACUUG